AUGCAGCAGCUUCUGCUCCUGCUCCUGGUGGCCUUCUCUCUACUUUUCAGGACAAAGGCAGGGGAGAUCGUCGGGGGACACAAAGCCAAGCCCCACUCCUGGCCCUACAUGGCCUUCCUUCGCCUCACAAAUAUUACUCAUGCAUGGAGGUGUGGUGGCUUCCUGAUACAUGAAAAGUUUGUGCUGACAGCUGCUCACUGUCGAGAAAUAACCAUUAAACUAGGGGCCCACAACAUCAAGCAGCAGGAGGAGACUCAGCAGGUCAUACGUGUGCAAAUAAACAUCCCACAUCCACUGUACAAUCAUAAAGAAAGCAUCAAUGACAUCAUGCUGCUUCAGCUGGAGGAAAAGGCCAGUCUAACCAAAGAGGUGCAGAUUCUGGAGCUUCCCAAGGGAAAAUCUCAAGUGAAGCCAGGUGCAAUAUGCCAGGUGGCUGGUUGGGGACGGUUGGCCCCCAGAAGAAAACUUCCUAAAACACUGCGGGAGGUGAAGAUAACAGUGCAAAUGGAUGAGGAGUGUAAGAAACGCUUUCGCUAUUAUGACAGUGCUACUCAGAUCUGUGCUGGGGACCCAAAAAUUAAAAAAUCUUCCUUUAAGGGUGACUCUGGAGACCCCCUCAUGUGUGGAAAUGUGGUUCAGGCCAUGGUCUGCUAUGGAAAAAAAACAGGGAAACCUCCAGGGGUCUACACCAAACUCUCACCUUAUCUAGACUGGAUAGAGGAAACCAUGAAACACUACUUGCUACAGGAAGCAAUUAAUGCCCCCUCUCUGAACAACCAUCUUACCUGA